AUGUUCAUUUUUUCAAGGAUCCAAUCAUCCUAUGAUGGAGAAAACAACAAACCAAACCGAUUUGAUGUUAAUUCUGAAAUUCAGUUUAGUCAAAAUUCUAUUUUUAUCAAUGGAAGUUCUGAAUCAAAUAUGUUUGAUGUCAACUCUGAUUCAAGGUGUAGUCAGGGUAACAGUAAUUCUCCACCUUUAGAAAUUGUACAAACUGUUGGGAAUGCUAGCUUUGCAUCAACAGAAGAUGAACAAUCUUAUGGAGAAAUGUCAGUAUCUCAUAUGUCAUUUGAUGAGAAUGGUGUGACCUGUAAUUCUCCUCUACUUCAGCAAAGAAUAGAUGAAGAAAAUCACCACAGAAACCAAUAUGGUGAGUUUUACAAUUCCAAUGGACCAGAUUUAUUUACUCAGCUUAUAAAUGCUAGAAAUCAACUCACUUCCAUGCGGAACAUUAGUCUACCAUCAAAAUCUUCAUUAGUUGAAGAUGUUUUCCAAAUGUAUCGAUAUGAUGAUGAUAUUUACUCAAGAUCACUUAAGUCUAAGUGCAUUGCGACAAUAUUUGAAUUUGCGGUCGUGUUACUAAUCUCUUCGGCGGCCUCUCGCGCCUUUACCAAGUUCCUGCAUGCUAGUAUCACCCUAGAGCCUCGCUCUGCUAAAACUAGGGCAGUUUCUUUCCCUAUUCCAGAGUUGGCUCCAGUUAUUAAUGCAGUCUUUCCAUGA